AUGAUCCGCAGGGCGAAACAACGAGUUCGGUGCGCAUUACUUGUGAUAUGGUACUACCUAUAUCGAUAUCCCGGCUGGCGCGGAACGAAGGAGCGGCUCGUGAAAAGCUCCGGCUACAAACUCCGCUGCAAGCUUGUGGAAACAUUGUAUACCAGCUCCGGCAACAAGCUCCGCUGUUGCUGUGAAAGUUUUAUCCUCAGGUAAGUAGAUAUGAGCAGUCCGCGACGGUGGCGGCUUUUUUGCUAUUGUAUUCGUAAUGAUCUGACAAUGCAAUCCAGUGCAGACAAGUUUAAACCUCAGGAAUUCAAUGGCAGAACGAGAGCAGUUUUUAAGCUUGCCUGACAAAUAAGUAGUUUUUUGUCUAAGAAGCUUGCGCUGCGUUGGUUUUCGUAAUGAUGAAGUGGCGACUUCGAGUUCGAAUUUGGCUUUGAGAAUUUUGCCAGAAACUACCUCGACUGCGUACUUGCAUUGCCUGUUGAGAAAUUAAAUAGUACAGUUUACGCAAUCGAAAUCGGCUCGCUCUCGCAUCGUGGAUGUCGGACAGAAAAAGAAAUCGAGCUGUAAGUACUCAUUUAUUGCAGGCAUCUAUCUACUUUUCCGAGUGACGGUCCGAUCGUAACCGUAAGUAUCUAUCGGCUCGAUUUUUAUCGUUACUAUGGGUGCUAUGGGAGGGACAGGGAACGACGAUCGCAUCGCGUCGCAACUCGCUGCAGAUGA